AUCGACGGCACCGUGGACAAUUCCGCUUUUUCCUACGACGGCCCGGCGUGGGAGCACGCGGAGCACAACACGAGUUCUGUUUUCGUCGAGGAAAGGAAUGGAAUCAAGAAACUCACCGUCCCAGCAGAGGACUACGGACCGCAUUCGAUCCACCGCUUUUCUGAUCCAAAUGAGGUUUUGUUGGAUACAGUUGUGGAUGCGGAGCGGAAAAAUGGGUUUUACCGCGGAUCCACCGGCGUGCCCAGCUUUGUGUCCAACAAAUACGCCGAGCCGGGGUUUUUCGGCGGGUUGCGUGUCGAGGUGGUGGAUAUGGAAAGAGACCUCAUGACUGGCACAGUGAACAUGAACCAAAACUUCCGGUCGCAGGACAAGAAAAAUGUUUUCUCCCUCCCUGGUGGACAAGUGCCGUACGGGCCGCCGGAUUUCACCUAUCAACUGUCGAACUUCUCCGCCGAUGCGUACGUGGCAAGCGAGCCGCAGUAUUACGACUUCUACUUUGAUAUCGAUAUGGGGUUUGUCGACACGAAAACUUUAAAAGACUUGGUGCUCGGGGAGACUUUGGUUUUGGGCGAGGGGUUUCCGACAGGAGUGGCGAGCGAAAACAGCACUAGCUCAUCGAUGUGCGCGAUGCCGAUCGAGGAGAGAAACCUCACUGCGCGAAAUGGCACGUCGCAUGCGGUGCAGAGACUUCACAGUGGCGGCGUUUCGGGAAUGAACGCAAAUGGAACCGCAACGGCCAACAGUGCGACAGACUCAGAGGACACCAGUUCGCUCCAUCUUCACGAAACCAGUUCGAACACGCUGUUCCAGCCGAAUCAAGAACCGUACCUCUCUGUUGGCGCUUUCAACCGGGUCAAGAACCCGCUCUUCAAGUCAGGGUACGACAGCUUGUUCUUCCGCGAGCCAAAUCCAAUUCGAGAAACAAACGAAAACUUCACGAGCAACGAUCAUCACCAUUGCCACGCGCAUCGCCACUUGUCGAAACUGAUCUUCCAUGCGAUCUCGCGACAGACUGCAAGACGGGUCAGGACGGUUUAUUACACGACCGUAGCUGGGAACAGGAUGGGAAGUAAAAUGCAACCAAGAGUGUUGGAACAGAACGAAGACUUCGUCGAGUUCGGGUUCGAUGAAGACACGGACAGCGAUGUUGGGAUCGUCGACUACAGAAGGGUGCUGACGAUGCACCAACAAACAUCAAAUGGGACGAGUACUAACACGUCGAUGGGUGGUGGAAUGAUGAACACUAGUGCUUCAAAUGACACGACUAACAUGAGCAGCCAUAGUUCAGCAUCAGGGUCCUCUCUCGUUCUUCAAGACGACGAAGAUUUUGACGUCAAUUCGACGAACGGAUCGAAUGCGACGGAGGAGGAUAUUGAGUAUCACACUCUAACCCACUACAUCCACGAGGCGCAAAACGCGUCGGUGCAGUUCCGGAUCGGUCUGUUUCGCGACCAGGAUGUCUGUUGCACGACGCCUUUGUCCGCGGAAGGGUUUGGCUUGCUGUCCGAGCCGUCGCCGGAGCGGGGCAGUGCCGAGUCGCUGGUGAAAACCGGCGAGUUGUUCUGGUCCAACGACGCGUUCGCGUAUUCGCAACGGAGGUUGGCGGGGAAGAGGAUCCGGAUUUACAAGUUGAAAAUGGCGUUCACGACCAGUACCACAACGACGACGGUUCCUGAGGUGGCUAGUGAUAGUGAUAGAAAAAAUGCGAGCAACGCGACUGCAGCUUCUAACGAAACUAGUUCUGAUGUUGCUGGUGGUGGACAGCAGUACCAAGAUGCGAAUUCCUCGUCGAUAAACGGCACUACUACAACAGGCAAUGCUUCUGGUAUGUUGCGAGAGAGGCGGUUGUUUGGAUUCGAAGACGAGGAGGACGAUUUUGCGGCAGCUAGUGGGAUCUCUAGUACAGAAGGCGCGACUAGUUCUUCAGCCGACGGCGCUUCUCGCCCGCCCCGUUACGACCGGUAUCUGCAAAUGUCAUCGGGAUCAUCAGCAUCGGGAGGUUCUUCUUCUCUUAUCUCCUCUCUCGCCCCGACCGCAAUUCGUUCCUGGCGCCAGGAUUUUCUGUUCCCCUCCUACCCGGGAUCGAGGCAAAAUCUGCAAGCCAUCUCGAUUCACAAAGACACUUACGCGUUCCUGCACUAUUUCAAAAAGCACUUGGAGCAGUACACGCCACUUACUGCAGCUGAGUUGGAAAGCCGGAGACAAGCGGUCAUCGCGGACACGGAAUCGAGAUACGACCACGGUAUCCGCAAUGUCUUGAACAACGGGCAAAUCUUGGAAGCAGGGUUACCUUUCCGGUUACAGUGCGGGAAUUUCCCCAAGGGGCAUCUGAAGCUUCAGCGGUACAGCUGCGCUUUGGCGAAAGUGAAUGUCUCCGACUGGAUUGCCACGGACGGCGGAGUGGAGGUCACCAGAAAUACGAUGACCAGUGCGAACGGGAGCACUAGUACAACUAUGGCAUCUUCUGCCACGACAAAGAUGUGGCGCGACCCGCCAGAUUUGAAGCAGGUUCAACUGAAACAGCCCAAUUCCUUAACCUCCGUGGAGUCUUUCUACUACCACAAUGUCACCGAGCCUGUCACUGAGAUGACAGCAGCAUCGAAUGGCGAUAUGCCGCGGUUCGUGGUUUCGCAGGGCGGGUUCUACCACCUGUGUUGGACGGUGGACCCGACAGACCCGCUUUCCUACGUGGAUUACGGCGAGAUUUUCGUUUACGGACCAAGUGUCUGCUUGGAAGAGAUGCGGUGGCAGAGACGCGAAACCGGGAUGGGACGGGCGUAUCCGGAUGUGCGGGUCGCGAAAGCGUCGGUGACGAGGUUGGGAGCGGGCGGGUUUGUUGCAGCGAGGAGCACUUCAUCUGCGACGACAUCAACCUCGACUGUCGGUGGAAACGCGACAGCAAGCGGAACAGCUGCUGUCACAGCCACAGGAGCGGCCACAUCGCAAAUAAAACCUGCCGCGGCCACCACCAGCACAAGAACAACUACCGCCACUUCCCUUGUCGGGCCGAAGGAGUUGUUCCAGGUGUGUCAAUGGGGCGAGGUUUGCCAAUUCCGGGUUUCCGGCGAUUUUUACAAGACCACAGACAGCAUCAUUAUCCGAGACAACGAAAUUCUCCCGGGGGAAACCGCAGUCAACGAAACGGUCGGCGGGGCGCAGAUUGGGAGAAACUAUUUCUACUUUUCGCACAUCUCCGACCCGCAAGAUUUGAACGCGUUCAGGGCACGGGAGAAGGACUUGAACGAGGUGGAAGCGGCAGAAUUGUAUCAAGUCUCCGGCGGGGAGAACUCCAUCGGAAGGAGACUUUGUCGGGAGAAAACCGGGAAGGCGCACGCCACGGAUUUGCAAGAGUACUACUUCGAUGAGAGGGAUAUGCACUACAGGAUGAAUGGUAAAAAUGAACAAGAAGGGGGUUAUGAAGAAAGCUCAUCAGCCCAAGAUCUUCACCUCCACACAGCCUCCUCCCUGUACCAGCCGCCGCCACAGAGAAACCUGACCCAGACGAAAUACUCCUCCAAGAAAAUCUCGCUGCUCGUUUCCUUCCUCCCGGUGCCAACUUUGACGGGGAACUACGCCCUGUGCUGGAACGGCGACGUGUUUAUCAAGAGGGUAGAGAUCGUCGGGCCGAAGGUUUCCGACAACGUGUUCCAGUGCACGACGGGCCAGCCGUGCUUUUUGAACAAAUUGAGGGAGUCCGGCGUGGAGGAGGGCGACAGAAUCCGGACGAUCCCGAGUACGGAAAAGUGCGGCGUGGUGUACCCCACUGUUUUCCAGACCAGCUACUUCGACGAGGGAACCAAGGCGCUCAGCAACACUUUGUAUCCGGUAGGAGCUGCAGCUGCUGGAGGGGGCACUAGCGCGAGUACAACUGGCAACAUGGCGUCUUCAAAAUCGUCCAGUAGAACCAUAGGGGUGAACAACAACUUCCUCGUUGACCUCCCGGACACGGAAUACUCCCUCCAUUUGUUCAAGGAAGGCCCGAAAGCGACGCGCAGAGUCCGGCUCUACCCCUUGACUUGGGAGAAGCAGCACCCGAGCUUCCGCUUCGGCGGGUUGGCCGAUUUCGGCUUGGUUUCCGACCGGAACACGCCGGGGGAAAUCAGGUACGCGAGCUUCCAAAGACCGUACUUACCGAGGUUGGAGUCGCAAGUGAGUGGAAAUAUCUGCACAGGAGCAGGAACAGCAGCAGGAUCAAUGCCCAGCGACAGCAAGUUAAACAGCACGAAUUUCCAGCGCCCGCCCUGCUCGACGCUAACAACCAUCGUUACCCCCGCGGUUGUUUGCGUCCCGGAUUUACCGGAAAUUUCGGACCCGAUUCUAGGGCGGCUGGCGAUUAAGGACCAGAAAUUAGGAACGCUGUACGGUUCGCUUUCCGGUUACGGUCCACUGCCGAACACGACGUAUAGUACAAAAAAAUACGAAGUGGACAAAGUUCUCUACUACGAGAUCGAUUUCGGAAAGCCGAUUGAACUCCAGGGCAUUGUCGUCCAAAAACCGGGGACGCACAUGAAAAAGACAAGCAUUUACGGCCACCUGAAGACCUUCACGUUGGAGCUGGAUAACAUCCCGCUCUUAGAUCCAGUCCCCCAGACCGGGGAAUCCGCGAUGGUAUCGAGCAAGUUAGAGGCGACGCUGAAAGCCGGCCAGAUCCCCGAGGGGGGCACGUUUCGGGUUUGCACCUGCUCCUUGCGGGCGCAAUCGCGGAGGAAGGAAAAAUCGGUGAGAAACUUCAAGCGCUGGCCCAUGAUCGCGACGCAGGACCGCUACAUCGAUUUCCGCUACCAGUACUCCUUGACGAAAUAUCCAAUACAGUCCUACUACCGCCCGAAAACGGACAGCGAGGAGGAUUUUCUCCAAACUGCCACGGCGGAUGGGAAGAUAGUCUACUUCAGUACUGAUAGACUGGAUCCGAAAACAGACUUACCUGCUGCAAUACUACCGGAAAACCAGCAAGUGCCGCGGAAGUCGCCGAGCUUUUUCGACGAAAAAAAUUAUUUGAAGCCGGGCUCUGAGCAGCAGCUCGCCGGGUUUUCCAAUAUCGACGGCGGAGGGUACAGUGCUGCUCUCCACCGCCAGCCGACGCAGUACGCGAGAAGGGACUACUGGAAUGCGAAUCCGGACAGGGUCUACAGUAGUGACUACUUACCGAACUUCAUCUUCCCCGAAACCACUUUCUACAGUAGUGAACAGCGGGAAAAAGCGAUCGACGACGCGUUGUACAAUUCCGGGCAGAUCCAACCGGUCCCAGAGUGGGAUAAAAUCGUCUACUCCCCCGGAUUAUCCUCCGUGAUUACCACCACGGGCGGGGGCCAAAAGUACUACAGCACGCAAUCCGCGUUGGAGCAGGCGUACCAAAAAUACGCGGGGGACAGAUCCGCGCAACUCGCGGUGGUGACCCCCAGUUUCGACAACUUGAACACGUGGGCCGGGUCGAGAACCGUGGAGUACCCGGAUGGAAGCGCGUACGUUGUGGAGCCUGCGUCCGUGAUUACGAACCCGAGACCGCUGGGGUACAACGAGGCACUGCACGGUGACGGCGGAACGUCGGCGUCAGAAUUCGUCGCGCCGAAAGGGUUUUACAGAAGACAGCUGGAGGAGAUUCAUGCGGAGGCUGGAACUGGUUUUUCUUUUUCCCGGACGACAAGUCGUGGUGUUUUUCGAGGGACGACGAGCGCUGGGCAGCAGUUUGUGGAACAACCGAGGAGGAGAAAGUUGAGUUACCACGGUGCUGAGACGGGUUCUAGCUCAUCAUCUUCCUACGCCUCUAGUUCGUCUUCACAGCCGACUCCGGCGCCCGCUUCUUAUGGCAGUAGCAUGACCACAAGUACUAGCAGUCAGCAGACUUCUACUGCAGCGCCGGUAACCACAUCCCGGGCAGCGGCUACAACCACGACUACCAUGACAACGACUGUGAGAGCAGCUGCUGGAACUACCAUGAUGGAAUUAGGAGAGACCACGGCGAGUGCAGCGACAGGAGCGCCUUCAGCCACUACAACCGCAAGUCGCGCCACGACAACAAUCGUCCCCGGUUCCCUCCCUUUAACCGUUUCUGAAUUCAAUCCGGUGUACCCAGAAGAAACUUACAGCUCGCUAAGCUCCGACAUCUACGGCCCGCCAGAGCCGCUGCAAGAGCCGGCCUUCAGCAUCUGCGAAUCGCACUUAGACUUCUCCGCCGACGCGGGAGUGAUCAACGUCGCCGGGGUCUUUGAUACGCAGAGGGUGCAGAUUUGCAACUUAGGGGAGACGGAGAACAAGCAGGUCUUACCCGGUCUGGAUCUUUCAAUGCUGCGGGUGUCGGAGCAAGGGGAAAACAAUAACGACUACUCCGUGUCCGCACCGCGGAAAUACAAUGCGUUUCUCCAAGGCAUUUCGGAAGAGGAAAUUGCCAACGAGUACCCGCAGGUCGUGAUAAACACCACAGCGUACACGCAGAAACGGUUGAAGCCGUGCACGAUCGAUUUGGAAGGGUACGAUUUGAGUCCAAACAACAACGACUAUGUCUUCAUCAGUAAAGACCCUUGUGCGGCGAUCUCUCCGAAGUCGGUCGUCGAUUUUUCGCAAGUGGUAGUGACGAGUGGCGGAAGUAUCGCAGCGGGCGACGUGUCCUACAGUAACGAAACCGGCGCUAUGUUUGUAACCGUUGGCAGUAGGAACGAGCAGGGGGACAAUUCUGGUUCAUCUGCCACCACAACCACUCUAAAAGUAGGCGCUCAGUUCACGCCGCACCCUUGGCGAAAUCCAGCGCUGCAGGCUUCGGACGCGCCGUAUUAUGUGUGUUGGAAGAGAUUUUCUUCGGAGAUACUGAAUCUCUUACCCGGGAAGAAACCAACACUAAAUGCGCUAUACGAAGCACAAAAAGCGUACGACUACACGUAUUUCAACCCGGAAGUGCCGCAAGAUAGUUCAUUGUUGAACGACACAAUAGGUGGCGCCACGACCUCCACAGGAGCAGACAAUAGCACGACUGCAACUUCUGUAACGGUUGACAGCAAACCUAGUGCAGCUUCUCUCUCUGCCUUGCAAACCACCUACAGCAAUUGGCUGAACAACGAGAGAACCGAGUACAAGAAUUGCGAGCCGCAGGAUCUCAUCAACGACCAAGUUUUCGGCAACUAUUCCUGCAACGUGACUUUCUCGCAGGGAACCUACAUGCCGGCCGGGCAGCUGUACGUGACCGGACCGCGGAUUCCGCAGAAAAAUGAGAAGUACUGCAUUGUCGGCUCGGUUUGCAAAAUCUCUGUCGACGGAUUUCUUAAGACGAAUGAAGAAAACGGAGGAGAAACGACGAAAGCGCCACAUGGACUAGUGUACACCGGAGCUUCAUCGGCGUCCGAGCAUACUACGAAGACGCCACAGCCGGACGUGUUUCACACGUUGCUGUCCAUCGCAAACAACGAGACCGCCGAAACCGCGAGCAGGCCGCAUCUCGGGCCGAACAUGUACUUCGGUUUGAUGCCGGAAGUCGGGCGGGUUUUAACCACCGACCCGUUUGACACGAGUAUUCUCUUCAGCGUCCCACCAUUAGAAUAUCACGAACAGGAAGAGCCGAUCAGCUACAGCGCGGCCUACACGGGGCCGUACGUGUUACCGGUGGCGAGGCAGGAUUACCCGAACAUCGGGGACGGAAGCGAUCCGUUGGACGCGACGGCGGUUGUCUCGAGGAGUUAUGCCACGGCAGGUGCGGCGUCAGGAGCAGCUAGUACCGCGGCGGUCGCGGUAGAAAGCAGCGGUGUUCCGAUGGCGCUUGAUGCGACGACAAGCAGUGGCAGUUCAACUUCCAGCAGCUCUAGCACGAUGUACAGCUCAUCCAGUGGGUCGUCAUCAAGUGCCUACUCCUCAGUAGCUUCAUCUUCUUCUGGAACAGGAGGCACUAGCGGGUCAUCAAGUAGUUCUUCCUCUAUGUCGUCCUACUCAACAGCCUCGAGUACGAGCUCGUCUUCCUCCUACAGUUCCUCAGGUAGUUCUUACGGCUACCGCAGACGUCGUUUGAUGGCUGCAACGAGGACCUCCUCCGGGCAACUCACAAUCCCCUCAGACAACAUCGACGACAACGGGUUUUAUGCGUUUACCACCCACCCUUCUAUGCUCGCGUUUGACGCGGUUCGGGAGUACGAGGCGUUCAAAAUCCAGGAGGUCUUCUACCCGAACGGCUCUUACCCCUUUUACCGGAACGAAACGGUGUUUUCCCACCUGUAUUCCGAACACGUCACCGUGCAGGAAAAGACGUUUUUCGGCAAUUUGUCCUUCCCCUACGGGGUGAACAGCUCGGUCCAGGGGUGGAACGAGACGAAAGAGGAUAUGCUGUUUAAAAGGAUCGCGGAAAAAGUGCAAAGGGCGGACCGGCGGGAGUCGCUGGGGCAAACCUACGUUUGGGCGAAGUUGCCGUAUCUCGGGUCCACGGUCGAAAAGCCGUACGCUUUAUACGUGGAAGCGUACGCGAGUUACGUGGAAGCGAACUUCACGACCUUGUUGGUAGAGAAAAACCUCACGGAAGAGGAGGGGGAAAGCGAGGAUCUCGGAAAUGGCACAAACGGCACGAAUCUGACAUCAACUUCUACAUCGGGGGUGGUACAAUCUGACUCAGCUUCAUCGCAAACAGGGAGUGCAACGUCAGACCAAUCUAGCUCGACGUCGAGUUCCAACUCCACUCUCGCCGAGUUCCAACCCUUGGCCGCCGAGUAUCCAACCGCAGUGCACUUUUGGAAGUUGAGCGACGUCAUUCUCUACGGCCCGUUCGGCGAUCACGAGUUCAUGUGCGAGCUGGGCUUGGUGUGCAAUUUCGAGGUGAGGGGGAACUGGAACCAUUUAGUGCAGCCGACGCCUAUUGUGCCGCCGAUUUCCAAAGACCCGGGCUACCUGAAGAUUGCGGGGACGGUAAAGAAAUUCGAAUUCGCAUAUUUGUGAUAGAUAGUCAUAGUAUUCAAUUUGCGGAGAAGCGGGACCUUGAGCAUGAUGAUGAUGUACGAUUGAUAGGUUGUGAGCGCACUUCUACGGUUCGAUGUCGUCUCCGUGUUUAUUUUUCACAACAAGUCUUAAUCUGCCGAAUUGAACUAUUAUCAGGUGGAAGUUCGUGCCUACCGGUCUCUGCCGACCUCUACCCUCGCUGCGACUUCGAUGACCUUCGUCGCGGCACCGCUGCUGAUGCAAGCUGGACGGGACCACUUGGUCGAGUGGUGCGGCAAGGAUUUUUGCAUCAGUAUCGGGAAGCUGUACGCCAAGGGCAUUGAGCUCCCGCAGCAAACCGUGCAGGCGAACAGCAGCGAACCGCUGAGAAUCACGCACGUACAGGAAUUCAACACGACACCGGGAUCGAGACUGUACGUCCUCGAAAAAAGCUCCAACGAAAUUCUGGAAGCCAGUCUCAGAAUGCAGUCGGAGAGGUAAGGAGACUUUCGCAUUCGCUGAAGCCUGGUAUGUUCGUCAGCCGUGGCUGUGGCGGGACACUUGUAGCGAGGCAAUGUUGUGACUACUGCGCCAGCUUGCAAUGCAACAUCUGCAAAAAUCUCAAUCGCUUUUUCAUUUUUGUUCAUCGCAAAGAAACCAAAUCAAAACAGGUUCAAUGCUCGCUAUCAGUACUUUAAGACUGUAGAGAACGCCUCCGACGCAACUUGGGAAGUGGAAAGGCAAGCGAAUUACAGCAUGGCACCAGCGACAUUCACGUUUCCAACGAAAAGCACACUUCCGGGCGGAAAGUAUAACCUUAGAGCAAGCUGUAGCUGCUGCUGCAUGUGAAACACCAAAUGAAAAAUGGAUUGACACCAUUGUAUGCCGACCGGUGUUCCUACACUGAAUCUGAAACAAAAAAGUGAAUACACGCACAACUGUUCUUUCAUCUGUAUUCGUCUGAAACUGUUGUGGUCGACGAGGAACAUACACUUACACACUCUUUCUUAGGUACUCUCUCGCCUGGUGCGCAGUCGGCUGCGUUUUCGGCAGCGCGAAAGCCCGGAGCCAAAUCGAAGCCUACACCGCAGCCACGCCCGAGUACGAGAGGAUCUACGGCGACCCCGCAAACAGCUACCAGCCCUUGGUAGUGGGCGACCUGGAACUCGAGGCGGCAACGAAGUGGACGCUGGAGGCGACAUUGAAGUGCGUUAUGAAUUUCCCGUGCAACAUAUGCAAUACAAAUUUCCCGUACAUGUACAACAUGCAAUACAAAUUUCAUCAAUUUGGAGCGUAAAACUUGUCAUGCUAAACUAGGAUCGACAUCGAAGCCAAGUUCUGUCAUGCAGACACCGCAUUUGUACGUGUACAGGAAAUUUACUGUGGAUACAACAUCAGAAACUUAGAUUUCGCCAAUCAGAUGGGAGGUAUUAUAUUAUCUUCAAUUGAUGUAUCUUUUCGCUUGAUUUUGCGUUGUUCUUUCAUGAUCAUGAUGAGGUGUAGAACCACGACAAUGAUAAGUCCUUCAGUUCUUCUUCAGCUUUUAUCACGAAGUCUUUUUUGUUCUUUUCCGCGGCCCGCAUUUUUGUCAAGCUUCCGGUAAAGAAAAAUCAACGCCAUGAAAACUACCUCUCGCAGUGACCGGGCAGGCAACUAUCCUGCUUUCGUGCGAGAGCAACGCCACCAGAAUCGACAGUAUGCCGGUGGUCCGCUACGACUCAGAAAUUCUGGAUUUCGGCCUGCUCACAAACCGCACGAAGCCGGACUACUACCAUCUGUGUUGGGGAACCGGCGCGACCGCGGAUUUCCUGGUCACGGUUGGUAUGAAAUUGAGAAAGACGAUACUGAAUUCCUUUGUACUUCCAACACCAGCGGCAUGAUUGAACACGUUGACUCAUUGCCCGCAAUGCAUGAAGAUGAAUAAGUCAAAGCACCAGAAGACAUAGAAGUAUGAGCAGAGUUGUCCAAAGGCAGUACAAGAGCAUGUCCAUCUGUGUGCUUGUACUCUCGCCUAACACUCUACCUUGUCGGGGACCACAGCCAUUUUGCUGCCUUUCGGAAUGUAUGUCCUCCAACUUGGGUUCACCUGGGCCUUGCCAAAUGGAAUUUGGCUUUGUGAUGUCGCGGGAAGAAAAAAUCAAAACUCAGUAUCGUACUAACUAUCUUUCCAUAGCUGCACCCAUCGAGCUCGUGGAUCCGAGGUCGCCGCAAGGGUUGCCGGUGUAGUGAUGCGCGGUGCAGCAGCAGCAGCACGACGUCUGUGCCUUAGAACACUGGAAGAUCUUUUUUUCAAAGCGCGCAGCUUCCUAUAUGUUUAGGUUUCAACGGAGGUAGGACUCUUCAAUUUAGAUCUAAGAUCUAUCUAGCUUAGUUAGGACCAGUACAAAGAGAAAGAGAAAGAAACUUAAGACAUCACGUCUUCUUCACGCAUUCCAAAUCAAAUACGAUUCUGUUUUGACCUUUGAAUAAUUUUGCUAGCUUUCACUUUCUGUAAUUCCUUGGUAAGGCUGUGCGUAUGUAAACCAAGGUUUGUGCCCUUCAUCUGAACUAAAGUCGCAGUUCGAUGUAUCCAACUUUUGUCCUCGAUUUUUAUUCCUUGUAUGCUACUUCAGACUUGGCCGUGUUAAACAACAGUGGGCUCCAGGCUCACGUAUUUUUUUUUUCAAGAUGAUCGCCAGGGUCGUAUGUAUUUUCAGAUCUAUGUUUUGCCCUCUUGCCCGUCGUUCUUGUCCGAAGUUACUUCCGCUUCGCGGAGACGACGACGGCAGGCAGGUUACUUCAAUUAAACAGAGACUGUUUAUUGUGUCAUCGUUUCAAACUACUGUCAAAAGCGAACCUUAAAGAUCAAGGUUUCAUUAAAUACUUCUUCACGAAAAGCAAUAGCAGUGGCCCAAGCUCCCGCCUUCUCUCUUGCGCAAGCAGUGGACCUAAAAAAAAAAAAGGAAAAUAGUACUUUAACUUUCACGUCGUACUAGGUCCUCCUAGUAGAAGCACUCAAACUAACACAGCACUGACGAUUUUUCUGCAUAUAGGAUCCUCAAUCCGUGGCAUCAUACCGUAGUUAUUCGGUGAAAUUCUUGUAGCGCAUUUCUUGCAACCAGGCAACGUGCCACCUGCUGAAAUAAAGCUGAAGAGUUAUGUCGUCCGUAUUCGUGUACUGGUUUGGUUUCAACAAAGAAAAAUCUGCACUUUUUCAUUUUGGACCUGCACAGCAGAUGUGAUGCGGUGCAGAAGUAGCAAUUUUGUUUCUAUUUUCAUUAUCAUUUGCGGUCAUGCUCAAUGUAAAUGUUGGCUGCGCCGCACUAAUUGAUGGACUGUGUUUGACAAACGAGAAGCCGUAGGCGAACCGCUGCUCAAAUAAGGAUAAGUCUACUGUGCCUCUUUGUCGUUGUUCUCGGACAGGAGCACCCGCGGCGUAUAGUGGUCUGAUGAGAGAUCAUUUUCGCGUGAUCUAGUCGGACAGGUG